AUGACGAAUCUGAACCAGUGUGUCGCUAGAUCAUCAAGUCUCGGACAGUACUACGUACUUCUAUGCUCCUCCGGAGACGAAUGCAACAGCCAGUGUACCACCACGAGUCCCCCAACUUUGCAGCCGCUACUUGGAGCUGUGUCCUGCUACGACUGCGUCACGUAUGACGGCUCCGACUGUCAGACAAACAUCUGCCAAGGAAACUUUUGCAUCUACGAAAGGCGUAUUUCGAAUAAUCAGAUGAUGAUCAGGAAAAGGUGUUCGGACACUUCUGUUACUCUACUAGACGACGGCACAGUAGUCGAUAGUGUUGGCGUAUGCGAAAUUAGGUAA